GUGAAAACCAUUUUAGCAAGCGUUUUUGCAGAGAGGGUUUCGGUGGUGGUGGUGGGCAGGGGAGGGGGUAGGUUAUGUGUGUGUAAAAAAAAAAAUCAUAUAUUUUGAUUGUUAAAAAUAUACCCAAAACGUAAUAACAUGUAAGGUUUUAUGAUUGCCGAGCGGCAGCGCUCUCUGCUUCCAUUGGUUUUUUUUUUUUUUUUUUUUUUAUAAUCUGAUGUUUACACGGCCAGCGUUUCAGAGGCUAUCAAACAGACAUGAAGCAAUAUGUCUUUGAAGAAAAAGUUUCGGAAGAAGAUUCGACGCGCGGGGAAAACACUUCGCUUCUGCGUCUCGUGCACUAGCUGGGGCGAGUACGACGUCGAUGACUUCAGGUUUGACUCUCCCGAGGAGGAGGAGCUCCAGGACACCCAGCAGUCAUCGGACGUGCUCGAACUCAGCUAUGCUAACCACCACACCGUGUCCUGGUGCGUGCUCCACGGACGAACCCGCUUGCCACUCAACGCUUUCGAGGAGGCUCUGUGGCAGGAGAACUUCGCGGUAAAAGUUCCCAUUCUACCCGGCAUGUCUUGUCCCGUAUUAAACGUGUGUCUCGGUUUCCAGGACCACGAGCUGAAGUCAGUCAAGCAGUUGUUGUUCUACUCUUCUUACACCUACAAGAGUUCCAACUGGAGCACGGCUUUUCUGCAGUCGGAGUUCGCCAUGAUAGCGAGUCAGAAUUACCCCGAGGACCCCAUCAUCGACGGACUGCCGGCCACCGUCUGGCUGGAGUGCCUCGAGCCGACGCUGUGUAUCAUGGUGUCACUGUCUCGUCUCAAACACCGGAGGUGUAACAUCACGUCGCCCAAGAAGUACCCCGAGAUUCCAGACAGCACCCACAGUCGGCAUGGUGAUUUCGAGUUUGGCCCUCUGGCGGUGUUCGCCGGCAACAGGAUAGUUAACUUGGGAAUGGAUUUCCUUCUACAACAUAUUGAAGAAGAUGCAGCAUCUAUUAUCGAACUGAUGUCAUAUCAGCCUGGGAGAUCUCGAAACCGUCGUCGAAGACUCGCUAGAAACCAAAGCCCAAGAGAGCAUGAUGGCAUGGAACUGAUGGAGAGUAACACAAACCAGUCUGCCAACCCAGACCCUCCAAACCUAGAACCUCCAACCUCAGAACAUCGAACCUCAGAACAUCCAACGCCAGAACGUCCAAAUGUAGAACCUCAAAACGCAGAACCUCUAAACCCAGAACCUUCACUCCAAAUAUCCUACUCGGAAGAAUACGACGGCAACACCAAUCAGUCAGCCACCAAACACACUGCUGACAGUUUCAAGCUGACUCCUGUUCUGUACGUGUGGAACAACGAGUCGCGGACAUCGGAUGUGGAGGUAACGCCGGCCGAGAGAUAUGAUAUUAUGUCGUCUGUCCACUUCAACUACACGAUGUUCAUAAGCGCUCGUCCCAACACAAAGGAGCAUAGUCAUCAUGGCAGGCACGUGUGCGAGAUGGCGUCCCGGGAUCCUGUAGUAAGGAGGUAUCUCCUACAGUGCAGCAACAAACCGCCAUCAAAGACAGACACGUGGUUUGACCGAGUGUACACGGAACAUUAUUUAAGAACCGAAACGCAGCAAGAUCUCCCCGCAGAAAGUGCCCCGGUGACAGAACAGCAUGUGCCUUUUCUCAGAAAAGUGACCCGAAACAUCAGACGAGGCCUCCGACGUCUACACCACUGGUACUGCAUACCGGCAUUCUUUGUGCAGAGAGAGGUCAUAGGUCAGUUACGACACCGAUUUGAUCGCCGCAGCCGUCGUCGUAGUCGUAGACGAAACCAGGAAGACGAACAAGUACAAGAGCACUGGGAAGAAGAUAGAGAGUUAUGGGACGAAGUUUAAUGAAGUAGAUGAUGUGGUGAUAGUGAAAAACGGAUCCCAUCGAGUGUUUUUAAAAAAAGUUAUUUCUGUCUCAUUCGCAUGACCAUCUUGGUCUAAUUCGGAUAGCGGAGCCAAAUUUGUUCAUUUUUAAAGCCUUUCAAAUUAAGUGAUAAUGUAAUUUUCUACUAGAUAAUAGGACUGCUGCUAUUUGUAGUCCAGUUUGGAUAUUAUUAAUAAUAACCACUUUUUAAAAAAAAGAAAUGGCUUGGGAAAGGUGUAUCUCAAAUCCGUGAUCUUGUUGACGAGUACGGCAACUUUUUAACUUUAACCGCAUUUAAUAAUUUAUACAAAUUAAAUGCAUCUUUUUUAGAGUAUCAAGGAGUUAUUAACUCACUUAAGGCUUACCUUAGGAAGACGAAACUGAGUAUAAUAGAAACAAAUAUUCCUUUAGAUGAUUCUCCUGUUCAACAAAAACUUUGUUCUAUCAGAAAUGGCUCAAAACUAUAAUAUUACACACUGGUAACUUCUGAAAAGCCAAAUUCUGCAAUAUCAAAAUGGCAAAAUUAUUUUAUUUCAGACCUUAAUUGGUACACUAUUUAUUUAAAACCAUUUGUAACCACGCAAGAAAUAAAAGUUAGAUGGUUCCAAUAUAGAAUACUUCAUAGAAUACUAAUAGUUUCGCAUAUAAAUUAAAAUUAAUUGACAGUGAAAUGUGUACGUUUUGUCAUGAAGGAAAAGAAUCUAUAGUGCAUUUAUUUUGGGAAUGUAAAAUUGUUCAUAACUUUUGGAAUUAUUAUUUAAAUUGGUUAUCAAACUCAUGUAAGCAUAUACACAUGUAUAUAAUUUAAAGCUUUCUCUUGAGCUAGUGAUAUUUGGAUGUAAAGAUCAUAUUAAAACAGAUAGUGUUUUUGACCUGCUACUAUUAUUAACUAAAUAUUUUAUAUAUUUGUAUAAAUGUAAAGUGCAACGGGUCCAAUUAAAUAUUAUACACUUCCAAAACGAAGCUAAACAAAGAUAUAAAGUAGAACAAUGUAUUUAUUUUAGUAAGAACAAUCUUAAUAAAUUCUUCACCAAGUGGUCAGUGUAUUAUUCUCUCUUUGAACAGACCUAAUUUUUGUAACUUUCCUUGUGUAUCGUCUUGUUCCCAGCGGUCCACGCAUUAAUAAUGUAGAUACAUACAUAUGUAUAUGUAUGUGUGUGUAUGUGUAUAUAUUAAAUAUAUAUUAAAUAUUUAUGUACGUCGUUCAUAGAAUGGAAAAGGAUGAAAGUAUGUUAUUGUUGUUUUUUGCGUGAGAGAAAGAUAAAUGGAUAGCUACAUUGAUUAGAUAUGGAGAGAGAGAGAGAGAGAGAGAGAGAGAGAGAGAGAGAGAGAGAGAGAGAGAGAGAGAGAGAGAGAGAGA